GGCGGGGCGGCCGGCCGAGCCGGGGGCAGCGGACCCGCGAGCCGCCAGCGCCGCCAGUCCGCCCGCCUGCCUUCACCUCUUGGCGCGGCGGCGGGGAGGCGAGGAAUCUGACGACUGUACCAGCUCUUCGGAAUAUUAUAUGACACUACAUCAUGAGUGACAGUAAAUGUGAUAGUCAGUUUUACAGUGUACAAGUGGCAGACUCAACUUUCUCUGUCCUAAAACGUUACCAGCAGUUGAAACCAAUUGGCUCUGGAGCCCAAGGAAUUGUCUGUGCUGCUUUUGAUACAGUUCUUGGGAUAAAUGUUGCAGUCAAGAAACUAAGCCGUCCUUUUCAGAAUCAGACUCAUGCAAAGAGAGCUUAUCGUGAACUUGUCCUCUUAAAAUGUGUCAAUCAUAAAAAUAUAAUUAGUUUGUUAAAUGUGUUUACACCACAAAAAACUCUAGAAGAAUUUCAAGAUGUGUAUUUGGUUAUGGAAUUAAUGGAUGCUAACUUAUGUCAGGUUAUUCAUAUGGAGUUGGACCAUGAAAGAAUGUCCUACCUUCUUUACCAGAUGCUCUGUGGUAUUAAACAUCUACAUUCAGCUGGUAUAAUUCAUAGAGAUUUGAAACCUAGCAACAUUGUAGUAAAGUCAGACUGUACCCUUAAGAUCCUUGACUUUGGCCUGGCUCGCACAGCAUGCACCAACUUUAUGAUGACCCCCUACGUGGUAACGCGGUAUUAUCGGGCACCUGAAGUCAUCCUGGGCAUGGGCUACAAAGAGAACGUUGAUAUCUGGUCAGUGGGUUGCAUCAUGGGAGAGCUGGUGAAAGGUUGUGUGAUAUUCCAAGGCACUGAUCAUAUUGAUCAGUGGAAUAAAGUUAUUGAGCAGCUAGGAACACCAUCUGCAGAUUUCAUGAAGAAACUUCAGCCAACUGUGAGGAAUUACGUAGAAAACAGACCAAAGUAUCCUGGAAUCAAAUUUGAAGAACUCUUUCCAGAUUGGAUAUUCCCAUCAGAAUCUGAACGAGACAAAAUUAAAACAAGUCAAGCCAGAGACUUACUAUCAAAAAUGUUAGUGAUAGAUCCCGACAAGCGAAUCUCUGUAGAUGAAGCUUUGCGUCACCCUUAUAUCACUGUUUGGUAUGACCCUGCUGAAGCAGAGGCGCCACCACCUCAAAUAUAUGAUGCCCAGUUGGAAGAAAGAGAACAUGCAAUCGAAGAAUGGAAAGAGCUAAUUUACAAAGAAGUAAUGGAUUGGGAAGAAAGAAGCAAGAAUGGUGUUGUGAAAGAUCAACCUUCAGAUGCAGCAGUAAGUAGCAACGCCACUCCUUCUCAGUCGUCAUCUAUCAAUGACAUUUCAUCCAUGUCCACUGAGCAGACGCUGGCCUCAGACACAGACAGCAGUCUGGAUGCCUCAACAGGACCCCUUGAAGGUUGUCGAUGAUAAGUUAGAAAUAGCAAGCUUGUCAUCAGUGAAGGAACUCUCACUUCCAUGGGCCUGAAAUACUUGGGAGUUGAUGGAACCAAAUAGAAAAACUCCAUGUUCUGCAUGUAAGAAACACGAUGCCUUGCCCCCUACUCAGUCGUACUAGGCUUGCCUUGCUUAGAUUAUAAAAUGAAGCAGAUUAUGUCUAAAGAAAAAAAGUGCAAACCACACUUUUAGAGAUUUUGUUCAAGGUCAUUUCAGGUGAGCAAUUAGAAUAGAUGAAUUUUUUUUUUAAGUUGUACAGUAAUAGUGACAGUUUCUCAUCCUCAGUAACCGUUGGGACUUAUAUGCAUGUGACCACAAAUGCUUGCUCAGACUUGCCCUCUAGCACUUUGGAAAUCAGUAUUUAUAAAGCCAAAUAAUCUUCAAGGUAGUGCUGCUUCUAGAAUUGUCUCUUAAUCCUCUUAAGUAAUUUUGUGUCUGUCCAGAAAAAUAGAUUUAUGUGUAUUAAUUGGCCACCAUCAUAUUAUAUCUUACCUUCUUUUAGGGUAUGAGUUAUUUUCUUUCGUAUUUCAGAAGGAGUAUAAUUAAAUCUAUAUAAUAAAUUAAAAAUGUAACUUUUCUUAAAUUUGUCAUGUUUUGGGCUGAGAAUUACCACUGCUAAGACCAGGACACUUUGUUUUCUCUAAAUUGUCUUAGUCUGGGUGACUGUACAUUCAGCUUUACUGCAUGAUAAAGUUUUAAGUUUUGUUUUGUGCUGCUUAAAACAUAUAUACCUUUAAAAUCC